GCAUGCCUGUGUCAGUUGGCUGCACCGAAACACAAUCCAAGUCUUGUGUGUGUGUGUGUGUGUGAUCUAUGUGGUGUAGUUUCAUUUAGUAGCCAUUUUGAUUCGUGUGAUCCAGAGCAGAGUUCAUUCAUAUAUAGAAAAAUGUGUUUGGUAAUCAUUGGAAUGAUGUAGUGACUAUAAAAGCAAUGGAAUUUUGGUUUUUAAAACUAAAGAAGGAAGAAUUUCGUGGGUGACUGACUUCAUGGAAUUUGCGUAUAUCAUGUAUAUAUGUACUAUAGGUCACUCUGAUUCUGGAGGAACUGUCCUUUGAGAGAUCUUGUUACACAGUGCACUUGUGUAAAAGUGGGAUUUAUAGCCUGGGAUAAACAAUAUAAAACUACAAAGUGGAAAUAAAAAAGAAAUUGGAAUUUUUUUUUAAAUUGGAGAUUUGGAAAAUUUAUAGUUGUUGAUGAAUUUGUGACUGUCAGAAAUUUUCUCCUGUAAUCUCUUUAGGAGAUUGGUUUCUUCAAAGAACUGUGUGUCUUGAAUAUUGCAUCGGAUAUUUUGGAACAUUUCUUUUAAAAUGUAUUUCUCUAAUGUAAUAUUCAUUUCUAAACACUGCCUUACUUAAAUUGAUUUUUGUUCUUCUUAUAUCUUUUAAAGUGAUAUGAAAACCUGUUUUAGAACUUCUUAUUAAAAAUUGAAGAAAACAUUGAUUUCCUUUGUAUUCUGAGAUGGGAUUUUUUUUAUUCAUGCGUUCGAUUCGUAAAUUAUCUUAACUGGAGAUACUUGAUUUGAUAAUACAUAAUUUAACUCGAUUUGUACAUCUAAAUUUAAUAUGACUGUCUCUGCCACUUGUACCUAAUACACACAUAGUUUUGUAAGACAGGCACAAGUUCUGGAUAUAGAGAUAAAAAAAAACAGACCCAAAAGAACCAGAUUACAGAAGUGCUGUGUUUGUAAUAAGUGGCACAAUUUCUGGAUAGAGACGGACAAAAACAACAAACCGGACUAAAAGAACCAGAUUAUUAAUAUACACAGAAGUGCUGUGUUUGUAAUAAGUGGCACAAGUUCUGGAUAGAGAUGGACAAAAACAACAAACCGGGCUAAAAGAACCAGAUUAUUAAUAUACACAGAAGUGCUGUGUUUGUAAUAAGUGGCACAAGUUCUGGAUAGAGACGGACAAAAACAACAAACCGGACUAAAAGAACCAGAUUAUUAAUAUACACAGAAGUGCUGGCUUUGUAAUAACAGGCACAAUUUCUGGACAGAGACGGACAAAAACAACAAACCGGGCUAAAAGAACCAGAUUAUUAAUAUACACAGAAGUGCUGGCUUUGUAAUAAGAGGCACAAUUUCUGGAUAGAGACAGACAAAAACAACAAACCGGGCUAAAAGAACCAGAUUAUUAAUAUACACAGAAAGACUGGGUUUAUUAUACAUGCACUCUCAUGCAUGCAAACAGCAGCUUUGUAAUACGCACACAAGCACUGGAUUGGAAUAAACCUAAAUUAACGGAUGGAUUUAUAAUUUUAUACAAGAACUAGAUUUGUAAGAGACACAUAGAUAACACAUUUGUAAAUUAAGACAAAAGAAUUAGAUUUGUGAUAUACACAUAAGCACCAGGUUUGUAGUACUGAGCAACAGAACAGUAACAACAGAACUUGACACACUGUGAUUAUGAGGCUGUCAGGUUAUUCAAGAACAGAUAGAACUUUACUGUGUCACUCGACCGGAGGAAUAAGGAAUACUAAAUGUCAUUGUGGUGGAGAAUCCCGUGUUUUCUCUCCGGUGAAGUUUGUUGCUAGUUGAGUGUUUGUGAGAGUUUGGAACUGGAAACGACUGCAGGUUACCGAUGGGAGCCAAACUAGCGAAACUCGGAGAGUAUAUCGAGAACAAGCACAGAAAGUCACGUGGUGCAGAAACAGGACACGAUCCUGCCGUCCAUGGGUCAAAGCUUCAGGACCGGUUCUACAACAACGAUUCUUUCACUUCCACGUCCUACCAAACAGGCGACCCUGUGAAGCAGGAGGCGGCCACGAAGAUCCAGACUCAGUACCGACAACAUGCGGCCACCAAGGAGGUGGAGGCCAUGCGCGAGGAGGAGGCCGCGCUCAAAAUACAGGCUGGGGUCAGAGGUUACAUGGACCGGCAGAAAGUACUACAGAUGAAAGAUCCAGAAGAAUAUGCCAGACGUCAGAGUGAUCUCCACAGCAGAAAGAAGCAGCAGAGUCCCGAGGUUGACAUUGACCUCAACGACCCGGAGGUCGAGAAUGCAGCAGUGAAAAUCCAAGCCGGGUUCAAAGGUUACAAGGCCAGAAAAGAGAUGCAUGAGAAACAGGAAAAGAGACGUCCCUCCAACUCGAAGGUGAAGUUUGAUAUUGAUUUCGAGGACCCGGAAGUUGAAGCAGCCGCGGUGAAAAUCCAGUCUCACUUUAAGGGUUACAAAACUAGAAAAGACAUGCAGGAAGUGAAAACUGACCAGGAAUUGCCUGACAUUCAGAAAGAGGAAGAAAUAAUCGAUAUUGACCUCAACGACCCGGAAGUUGAAAAGGCUGCAGAAAAGAUUCAGGCAUCGUUUAAAGGGUUCAAGGCACGGAAAGAGGUGCAGGCCCUCCGAGAACAUGCUGAAUCAGGAGCAGAGCAAGAGACAAAGGAGGAGGAACAAGAGCAGACGGAAAAGCCAGCAGAUGACCAGACGGCCGAGCAGACGGAAGGUCAGGAGGUGCCCACUCAGCAGACAGAAGAAAUCGACAUUGACCUCAAUGACCCAGACACUGAGAAAGCAGCCGUGAAGAUCCAGUCUAGUUUCCGUGGUUACAAAACACGCAAGGAGAUGGAGGCACAGAAGAAGGAAACACCGUCUGAGGAUGAAGGUGAAGAGUACGGGUAUACCGAGGAAGAACCUAUUGAUAUUGACCUCACUGACCCAGAAGUAGAAAGAGCCGCUAUAAAGAUUCAGGCCACCUAUAAAGGUUUCCGGACACGUAAAUCUCUCAAAGGAAAUGAACAACUAUUAGAGGAUAAACCUGAUGAGGUUGUGCAGUCUGGGGAAAUCGAGGAAGAACCUAUCGAUAUUGACCUCACUGACCCGGAAGUAGAAAGAGCCGCUAUAAAGAUUCAGGCCACCUAUAAAGGUUUCCGGACACGUAAAUCUCUCAAAGGAAAUGAACAACUAUUAGAUGAUAAACCUGAUGAGGUUGUGCAGUCCGGGGAAACCGAGGAAGAACCUAUCGAUAUUGACCUCACUGACCCAGAAGCAGAAAGAGCCGCUAUAAAGAUUCAGGCCACCUAUAAAGGUUUCCGGACUCGUAAAUCUCUCAAAGGAAAUGAACAGCUAUUAGAGGAUAAACCUGAUGAUGUUGUGCAGUCCGGGGAAACCGAGAAAGAACCUAUCGAUAUUGACCUCACUGACCCAGAAGCAGAAAGAGCCGCUAUAAAGAUUCAGGCCACCUAUAAAGGUUUCCGGACACGUAAAUCUCUCAAAGGAAAUGAACAGCUAUUAGAGGAUAAACCUGAUGAUGUUGUGCAGUCCGGGGAAACCGAGAAAGAACCUAUCGAUAUUGACCUCACUGACCCAGAAGCAGAAAGAGCCGCUAUAAAGAUUCAGGCCACCUAUAAAGGUUUCCGGACACGUAAAUCUCUCAAAGGAAAUGAACAGCUAUUAGAGGAUAAACCUGAUGAUGUUGUGCAGUCCGGGGAAACCGAGGAAGAACCUAUUGAUAUUGACCUCACUGACCCGGAAGUAGAAAGAGCCGCUAUAAAGAUUCAGGCCACCUAUAAAGGUUUCCGGACACGUAAAUCUCUCAAAGGAAAUGAACAACUAUUAGAUGAUAAACCUGAUGAGGUUGUGCAGUCCGGGGAAACCGAGGAAGAACCUAUCGAUAUUGACCUCACUGACCCAGAAGCAGAAAGAGCCGCUAUAAAGAUUCAGGCCACCUACAAAGGUUUCCGGACACGUAAAUCUCUCAAAGGAAAUGAGACGAUGGCUGAACAAGCAGCAGAGUCGGAAACAGCUGAACCAUCAGACGUUAAGGAGGAAGAGAAAAAGGAAGAAGAGGAAGUAGAUAUCGACCUCAAUGACCCUGAAAUCGAGAAAGCGGCCAUUAAGAUUCAGAGUGGCUUUAAGGGUUACAAGGUGCGUCGCGAACUCAAAGAACAGUCGGCAACACAGGAAGGUGCUGAGCAAAUUGGUGAGCAACAGGAAGCUGGUGAGCAACAGGAAGCUGGUGAGCAACAGGAAGCUGGUGAGCAACAGGAAGCCGGUGAGCAACAGGAAGCUGGUGAGCAGCAGGAGGAGGAAAAGAAGGCAGAAGAAGAAACAACAGGGCAGGAGCAGAAGGAAGGUGAAAAAGAGGAAAUUGACAUUGAUCUCAACGACCCUGAAGUUGAGAAAGCUGCAGUGAAAAUUCAGGCUGGGUUCAAAGGGUUUAAAGCCAGGAAAGAGGUGUUGGAAAUAAAGGAAGCAAAACAGGAGGAAGGGAAGGAGGAGACUAGUAGACAGGAAGAGAGUGAGGAGCAGAUGACAGCACAGGAGGAGGAGGCUCCUCCUGCAGACGGUGAAGAAACUGGGGAGCAGUAGAUUUAGUUGUAAUGUUUAGAUAGAUAACACAAUUUAUAUCAAAGCUACAGACUGUACAAAACAAACAAGAUUUACGUAUACAGAUCAUUCCAAAUCAUUUUCAUCAGUUGUUGUUGCGUCUGCUUCACAUUAUUUGGUGACAGGAGAGUUGGAAAUUAUCUCCCAUGAUAGACUGGUUUCCACAUUUACAUUUUAAUUUAUUUUUAUGACUUGUGAAGUGUUUGAAUGGCUUCCUACAAGCGAAAGAGUCACAAUUUUAUAACAGUCAAAAAGGCUGUUCGUACAAUUCCGCGAAAAUCAAGGACAUAUUAAUGUCCAUAUUGGAUAUACUGUCAUGUAUUUCUAGUUUUGUCAUAGAUUUAUUUUGUGUUAAUAUCAAAGUGCAUGUUAUGAAAUUUUAAAUUGUAAUUACGAGUAAAAACACCCAAAAGAAUGAAAUGUGGACCAGAGGACUGACAAUGAUUGUUGUCUGUGUGUAUAAUCUGAAAGUGUGUUGAGAAUUCUAUUUCAAACAGCAAUAUACAGGAGCUAUAAUGUCAUCAAAAAUGUUUCAUUGAAAUCAGAGUUAUCUCCCCUGCAUUACCAGAUAUUUGUGUUUUAUGUUUUACAGGCCCGCCAACAUGAAUUUUCUUCAUUUAGAAUAAAAAUUAAUUUGAAAAAAGUUCCUUUUCUAUAACCACUGCAUGUGUUAAAUAAAAAAAAUUAAAAUUAAAGUUUGAAUUCUUUGGACACUGUUUUCAGUACAUAAAUUCAGUGUUAUAUGUGUGAAUUAAGUAACAUGUUAUAUGUCAUAAAGAAUAUAAAUUAUUUCAGUUUUUAUAUUAUAUGACAUAGCGGUUUUCUGGUAUUUUAAUUUUAUUUUUAUUUCAAUUCCCGACAUUGUAUUGUGUGAGAAUUUUGUAAGAAUUAACCCAUAAAACAUAAAAUAAACAAUAUCUGGCCUCAUUUGUACACAGUGUAUAUAUGCAUUAGAUUGUAAACAAAGUCCAUGGUGAUGAUUUUUAAUAUUUCUUCAAUAAUUCCUGACACUUAUUCCACAUUUUUAUUUAAAUUCUGUUUUCCUACCGUAAAUCAAGAAAUUCAUACUUCUUUGUUAACGAACCUAACAGAUGAAACUAGUGUAACCCAAAAUGUCUUAAAAAGUUACAUUUCCCCAUAUAUUUAAUGAAAUUGAAUUUGUGUCAAUUUAUUAUUUUUCUGUGUUAUUAUUUAAUUUUGAUCAUGUUGUCUUAAUUAGUACAUUCCAAUUACUCUAAAUUUUCUAAUGUAAUCUUUUGAUGUUGUCAUUUCAUAAUUUGUACAGAUUAGUUUACGAUAUGCUGUUCAGUUUGUUUCUGUAUGUUGGUAACUGUGGAAACCUUUUGACAUGAGACAUGACCCACUUGGUACAAUAUUUAUUCUUGACUUUGCUUGUUUACCUUAUGUGCCCUUCGAUCUUAUGACAUAAACUUAAUUCUGUUUUAAUCACAACAUUAUCUGUAUUCAGGUUUUAAAAGUACCUGCAGUUUCAUUAAAAAGACAUAUUACUCUCAAACCAAUGUAAAAUAGAUUUAUUAAAAUCUUUAAAAUAGUAUAAAUUACCUUUUACGUAAUACGCUUUUGUUCUGUAUUAAGGAAUAUUUAUUAUCUUAUUUUCAAAAGGUGUUGUAAAUUUUACCUUCCAUUUUCCUAUAGUGUAAAUAGUAGAACGUUAAUUAUAUAUAAUUACAUACCUCUCCACCCACCCCAUAUCACUAACCUAUGCAAAGUAUGUAUAUUGUUCAAUUAGUGAUCCAUUCUCAUUAUAUCCAGUUAGGUUUGAAGAUUUCCAAAUUGAUUUCUUCCAUUGUAGUUUUCUUUAUAUACCUGUACAGCACUCUACAGAUCAGCAAGAGAGUGGACACUGCUUUGUUGUUUGGAGUUGGGGUGGGGUCACUCUAUGAAGGGUAUGGUUAUGGUAUAGGCCUCUUUUUAUUAAACUGUCCUAAACUACCAUUUUGCAAAACCACCCCUACCUGUACAGUCUUGCAACUAUAACUUUGCAUAUUAUCGGUAAGCAGUUGCUUAAAUUUGCAUAAAUAUCAUUAAUGUCACAUUUUUAUUUUUUAAUAUUGUGUAUGAGAAAUUACUAAGAGUUGAACAUCAAAGGUUUUCGUAUAGAGUGGCAAAUAGCAAAUCAUUUAAAUAACAGAUGGCUGUCUGUAAAGUAUAUCUCAGAAUGUUGGAUUGAGGGGGGGGGGCACUUUACAGCUGUGAAUGAUCCUAAGGCCCAUUUUUGAAAAUUAGUACUUUUUUAUUAUUAUUUAAAACUGAAGUAAACAAAAAAUAGGGUAUCUCUUUCCAUAGUCCCCACACACACAAUCACAAGUACCAUAUAAUAUUUACACGUUUAAAAGAUCAUUACAUAUUAGAUUGGACAAUUGACCUCUAUGCCCCCCCCCCCCCCCAAAAAAAAAUGAAGUGGGGGGGGGGCACUCUGACCUUCAAUGCUGGAGCAAAUCCUCAAAUUCGGGCAAAAACAAUAGAAAUAUUCAGGCAAAAUAUGCUAACACGAUACCUUUUUACCCUGUAUUUCCAUUAUUCUUCCCACAAUAUUAGUUGUAAAUUGGUUGUAAAAAUGUGCAGUGUUUCGUUUGAAACCUAUAUAGCUGUUUGGCAGUAAUGUUAAUAUGAAUAAAUGUUGUUAUCCAGUUUCGGGCAUUUUCAUUCACUUCUGGCAAAAAUCAGCCUUGCCCCACUACAAAAAAUGAGAGCCUGUAAUGCCUAUGUCCCCUACCAUUGACACCCUCACCUGCCCCCCCCCCCCCUCCCCAUCAACCCAUUGUUAAUGACUACUAGACAGUUUGAUGCCCCCCCCCCCCCCCCCCCAAUAUAAAAUCCUGGCUGCAGGAACAACACUGGAGUUAUUUUAUGGUAGGCUGUUGUUAAAUUUCACCUGUGAUAUUACUAUCUGUUGUUUUCACUGAGAUGCACACAAUUUUACAGUGUCUGAAUAUUGAAUGGUAUUAAGUGUUUGUGAUGUCGAUUCCUCCUUGAAGCAGAAUGCAUUAAAGUUUGAAUUCAAUUAACUACACAGAAAUAAAGUGUACAAUAAUA